CAGAGUGGAUUGGAAGGGGGUGGAUAUACUCGAUAUUAAUACAAACAAGAAACCGGAGGUUGAAGGGGGACAUCGGACAGACAUGCAAUAAAACGACGUAGCCAGCAUACAGUAACACGUAUCCCUCAUUCCGAUAGCGUAUGUAUUUGGCACCAAACUAAUUGCAUCGAGGUAAAAACAGUUUGCUAGCGAGCGAGAGGACUCGAAUACACUAGCUAGCUAGCUAGCCAGCUUGCCGAAUAAAUUCGGAGGACUGGACUCACACAGCGCCUCCUCUGAGACGUGAACGAGUGCCUCAACAAAAUGACGGACAGCAUCAUGAGUAAAGCGGCUACCAUGGAGAUCCCGAUCAACAGCAAUGGGGACACAGGGAAUCUCCCGGAGGAUGACAGCCUGGAACAGGCUGCACAGAUUCAGUGGAGCUUAGAUGAGAAGGACCUGCAACAGGUGAUGGUGUCGGGGCCCAACCUCAACGAGACCAGCAUUGUGUCAGGAGGCUACGGAGGUACUGCAGAGGGGAUCAUUCCCACCAGCUCCAUUAAAGGCCCUGCCAUCCGCAUCAACGCCGAGCAUCUGUGCAUCAGGCGCAUCUCCGCCCCUGGACAAGGGCCCAGCAUGCACCACAGCGGCAGCAGCUCCUCGAUGACCGCCGAGGAGGCCUCCAGGGGGGUCGCUGUCGAGAAGUUUGACAUCAUGAAGAAGUGGGGCCUCAACACCUACAAGUGCACAAAGCAGAUGAUCUCGGAGCGAUUCGGGCGCGGCUCCCGGACGGUGGACCUGGAGCUGGAGGCUCAGAUCGACGUCCUGCGGGACACCAAGCGCAAGUACGAGAACGUGCUGCGGCUGGCGCGGGCGCUGACCAACCACUUCUACAGCAUGGUGCAGACGCAGCAUGCACUGGGGGACACCUUUGCUGACCUCAGCCAGAAGUCUCCAGAGCUGCGGGACGAGUUUGGAUAUAACGCAGAGACACAAAAGCUGUUAUGCAAGAAUGGGGAGACCCUCCUGGGUGCCAUCAACUUCUUUGUGUCUAGCAUCAACACGUUGGUCAACAAAACCAUGGAGGACACUCUGAUGACCAUCAAGAUGUAUGAGAAUGCAAGACUGGAGUUUGACGCGUACCGUGCGGACCUGGAGGAGCUGAACAUGGGUCCCCGCGACGCCGCCACACUGGCCCGCAUCGAGAUGGCGCAGCAGGAGUACCAGGUCCACAAGGACAAGUACGAGAGGCUGCGCAACGACGUCACCAUCAAGCUCAAGUUCCUGGAGGAGAACAAGGUAAAAGUGAUGCACAAACAGCUCCUCCUGUUCCACAACGCCAUCUCUGCCUACUUCGCUGGCAACCAGCAGCAGCUGGAGCAGACCCUGAAGCAGUUCAACAUCAAGCUGAAGCCCCCAGGUGCGGACAAACCCUCCUGGCUGGAGGAGCAGUGAAGACUCCCCCUCCUCCCGUCGGUCUCUGGAGGACUGGAUGGACGGAGAGAAGGAAGGACAGAGGGGGGUGGACGCGGACAGGGCAUGACGCAGCAGCGGGAGAGGCCAGUGAUUGUUCGCGGAGCAGGAGAGAGAGAAGAGCUCACGGUGUCCUCCUCUUUCUCUGCCCCCUCGUCUCUCUCCUUUC